UGAGGCGCCGCCACUGUCUGCUAUCAUGACUAACCGCCGUCACCCAACAAGGGUGGUUGGCACGUCUGGGGCAGUACUUGCCGCGAAGGUACUGGGCCCAGAGCGACUUUCCUUCCCUGAAGCGCCACCACAACUUGUAGGAGAAGGCAGUAACUAUAUCCCUAAGACGGCGGAUGCCAAGGCCUCCCUCAGCGAAAGGGCGACAAAUAGAGUCCCAACUCACCCAGUGGGUACGUCUCCCCCUCCCGGAACCGUCCUCGUAACCCCAGAAAUAACGAGCCAUGAUCUGGUAAAUCUCGUCAAGAGUAGACCUAGGGGCGUCGAGGACCAUGAGCAAGUGAAGCGGAAGAGAGCUAAGGGUGCUCUUGAUCAGCGCAAGCCGACCACCGAAAGAAAGGUGUCUAUGCGACCAGCCCGAGAUCCUAUCGAUCAUCCUCUGUCUAAUGUCCACAAAGAGCGCUCUCGAGAGCACAUCAUGGAUGCUGACAUGCCGCAGGGUUUUCGUGAUCUAAACAUAAGUUACGGCGGGUCGACCGAUCCAUCUUGUCAUAUGAGGAGUUUCGAGAAUAUGGCGGUUUUGCAUCGCUAUAAUGACCCUGUGCAAUGUCGAGCUUUCCUAACAACUUUGCGGGGAUCUGCACAGGAUUGGUUUCACCAACUACCAGCGGAAGCCAUCAAGGACUUUGAAGGAUUCAGUGCAAGCUUCCUCAAUCAAUUUGCAAGUGUUCGACCGCAGGAGAAAUCGUAUCUGACCUUAAUGGGCAUCCAGCAGAAGGAAGGUGAGUCGUUACGAGAUUAUGUGGCGAGAUAUACGCGAUUAUGCGUCGAGGUGCCCAGGGCGUCGGAGGAGAUAAAGGCAGGAGGUUUGACACGAGGGUUGCUACUGGGCUUGUGCAGGAAUUCUCUGGCAAAGCACCCGGGAAGAACGUUCGACGAAGUGCUGGGAAGAUGCGCGAAGUAUAUGAAUGUCGAAGAGGCAGAGAUCGAUUUCUCGCGAACAGCUAAAGAAAGUAAAGCUGACCCUCAGGAUGAGAGAAGGGAGAAGAGAAUUUCCUCGACUGGGGAGAGAAAGGGGUCUCCACGAGCAGAGAGAGAGGGGCGACCUAGGGGUUGGAGGCCGACUCAAUACACCCCUUUGUCGGCCCCUCAAGCGCGAAUCCUGAAGGUGAUGGAAAGAGAAAUUCAUGACAAUGUUGUCAGAUGGCCCAAGACGAGAAAGGACGGACCAACGAGACCAAAGAGCAACCUAUAUUCAAUUGAAGUCGAGGUGGACAAGUUGCUGCAGGCGGGGCACGUCAAAGAAAUCCAAUUUCCCGAGUGGAUAUCCAACACCGUGAUGGUAAGAAAGGCACUAAAUAAAUGGUGCAUGUGCAUCGACUUUCGUGACUUAAACUUGGCCUGCCCAAAAGAUUAUUAUCCCUUACCACGAAUUGAUCAACUCGUCGACUCCACGGCUGGUUGCGAAUUAUUGAGUAUGAUGGAUGCAUCUCAAGGAUACCACCAGAUUCCGUUAUGCCCAGAAGAUCAAAGUAAGGUGAGUUUCGUGACGAGUAAAGGGACGUACUGCUAUGUCGUCAUGCCCUUUGGGCUUAAGAAUGCUGGAGCAACCUACCAACGGCUGAUGGACCGAAUGUUCAAAUCUCAGAUCGGGCGAAAUAUCGAGGUAUAUGUGGACGAUGUCUUGGUGAAAAGUAAGGCCUCAACCUCACACCCAAACGAUUUAAGGGAAACAUUUCAAACCCUUAGGGCGUUCGGGAUGAAGCUGAACCCAAGUAAGUGUGCCUUUGGAGUAAAGGCAGGACGAUUCCUGGGGUAUAUCGUCACAGAGCGAGGAAUCGAGGUAAACCGGGAGAAGGUGAAAGCCAUACUCGACAUGGCCCCACCAAGAAAUAUAAGAGAUGUGCAAGUUUUGACGGGACGAAUUGCGGGACUAAGCAGGUUCAUCGCUAGAGCUGCAGAGAAAAGCUUCCCAUUCUUCAAAUUGUUAAAGAAAAAGUCGACCUUCUCAUGGAGUGACGAAGCACAAAUGGCCUUCGACAAAUUUAAAGAAUUCUUGGGCGAGCUACCCUUGUUGACAAAACCAGAGCCCGGCGACGAGUUGGUGCUUUAUAUAUCUGUGGGUUCGGUAUCACUAAGUUCAGUGUUAUUGCAAGAAGAAGGAGGUGUCCAACAGCCAAUUUACUACACCAGUCAAGUUCUUCAGGGUGCAGAGACGAGAUAUUCUGAAAUCGAGAAAGCCGCCUUGACACUGGUGAUAACGGCUAGAAAACUAAGGCCAUAUUUCCUGAACCAUGUGGUAUUAGUCAGGACGAACUUUCAACUAGGUGAAACACUGGGCCGGCCCACGGUAUCUGGUCGACUCGUCAAGUGGGCAGUCGAGCGGAGCGAAUAUUCAAUCAAGUACGAACCAAGACGAGCCAUAAAGGCCCAAGACCUAGCAGAUUUCAUCCAAGAAGGUACCAAGGGGGAAGAAAAGAAAUGGGUCAUUCACGUCGACGGGUCCUCAGCGGCCAAAGGAUCAGGUCUGGGAAUU